GCAAAAACUAGUGACGAUACAUGUCGGCCGACGCGGAGCUCUCGGCGCGCCAGGGCGAAGAAGUCGAGCCCACAGCCAAGUACACCCCUUCAACACGCACAAAUGGGCGCUGCUGCGUGCGCGUCGGCCGCACGCAUGUAUUGUGCUCAUUGUCCCGUCGUUAUGGAUACUUCCCAUCGACUUGUCACGUCGGCCCUCACUGGGGCUGCAUGUUGGUGACUUACUGCCUGGCGAUCGGGCCUGCCUUCUUCUUCUUCGCGGACGACAUGCUACUGGGGCUUAAGGUGGCGCUAGUGGUGUCAAUUUGCCUCACCACAGCAUCGUUCACUAUGGUGGCAUGCAGCGACCCCGGCGUUGUGUUCCAGGAUUUGGAGGUGGCCAACGCGCUGCAAGGAGACGUCGAGACUGGCAUUAUCUGCGCACAAUGCGAGGUACGACGGCCGUUAAACGCGUCCCAUUGCUCCGACUGCGGCGUCUGUGUCAGAGAGCUGGAUCACCAUUGUCCGUGGACGGGCAAAUGCGUCGGCGAGCGCACGAUCAAGUGGUUCUACGUGUUCCUGACCUUCAUCUCGCUGCACUGCAUGCUCAUCGGCGCCGUUUGUCUCGUUACAUUCGCCGCUCGAUAAAUUCACUUCGUUGCAGCAACUCAGAUGUGUAUUAUCGAUGCUGUUCCAGUACUAACACAGUUAGAGUUCCGCGGCUGUGCAAGAUACGUAACGAGAACAC